GCAGAGGAAGAGUUUAACCUUGAGAAAGGUCGACUGGUACAGACAGCACGUUCCAAGAUCAUUGAUUAUUAUGACAAGAAAAUCAAACAAGUAGAACUACAGAAGAAGAUAAAGAUUGCCGCCCAGGUCCCAGUUCAAGACCCUCAGAAGUACAGGGAAACUCUGAUGAAACUUGCAUUACAGGGACUGGUGCAGCUACUGGAGCCUAAAGUGACCAUCCGGGUGGUGCAGAGGGAUGUUCAGUUGAUUCAGAGCUUGAUCCCAGAACUGCAGGAGAAGUACAAGCAGAUCACCAAGGGAAGAGAUGUGAAGAUAUUGAUUGACGAGAACAACUUCCUGAAUCCAGAUCUUAUUGGAGGCUGUGUGCUGCUAUGUCACGGUGACAAGAUUACAAUUGACAACACCCUGGACGAGCGUCUGAAACUCAUCUCAAAUAAGAUGCAACCUCAGAUCAGAGAGAUGUUGUUUGGACCCAACCCCAACCGCAAGUUCAAGGAUUAA